GGGAGCGGGAAGGGGCAAAAUGGCGGAGUAGGGGCGAGGCGGCGUGGCCAGCGCUCAGCGAGCCGCGUCCCCGCGCAGGAGGCGGGCGGGUCCCCGUGCGGCGGCCGGCUGCGGUGCGAGGCGGAGCGGGGACGAGGAGAAGGAGAAGAGCGUCGCUGGUGCCGCCGCAGCCGCCAUCAUGCCCAACAUCAAGAUCUUCAGCGGGAGCUCGCACCAGGACCUGUCGCAGAAGAUCGCGGAUCGCCUCGGCCUGGAGCUGGGCAAGGUGGUCACCAAGAAGUUCAGCAACCAGGAGACAUGUGUGGAAAUAGGCGAGAGUGUCCGUGGGGAGGAUGUCUACAUUGUGCAGAGUGGCUGUGGUGAAAUCAACGACAAUCUGAUGGAGCUCCUCAUCAUGAUAAAUGCCUGUAAGAUUGCCUCAGCCAGCAGAGUCACAGCUGUCAUACCCUGCUUCCCUUACGCUCGGCAGGACAAAAAGGACAAGAGUCGAGCUCCGAUCUCUGCCAAGCUGGUUGCAAACAUGCUGUCUGUGGCAGGUGCAGAUCAUAUAAUCACCAUGGACCUGCAUGCAUCUCAGAUUCAGGGUUUUUUUGAUAUCCCUGUUGAUAACUUAUAUGCUGAGCCUGCUGUACUGAAAUGGAUCAAAGAGAAUAUUGCAGAGUGGAAGAACUGCACCAUUGUUUCACCAGAUGCUGGUGGAGCCAAGAGAGUGACCUCCAUUGCGGAUCGGUUGAAUGUAGACUUCGCCCUCAUUCACAAGGAGCGCAAGAAGGCAAACGAAGUGGAUCGCAUGGUCCUGGUGGGUGAUGUGAAAGACAGAGUGGCCAUUCUGGUAGAUGAUAUGGCAGACACAUGUGGUACCAUCUGUCAUGCUGCAGACAAGCUUGUGUCAGCAGGAGCCACCAAAGUUUAUGCUAUCCUGACUCACGGGAUCUUUUCUGGGCCAGCAAUCUCUCGGAUCAACAACGCCUGUUUUGAGGCAGUUGUGGUCACAAACACGAUACCCCAGGAGGACAAGAUGAAGCAGUGCCCUAAAAUCCAGGUGAUUGACAUCUCAAUGAUCCUUGCAGAGGCCAUCAGGAGGACUCAUAAUGGGGAAUCUGUCUCCUACCUAUUCAGCCAUGUCCCUUUAUAACAGGAGAUGUCAGCUGCUGCUUGUAUGGCUUUUUUUUAAAACCAAAAGUUGUUCAGCUUGUUGUAAAGUUCAGUAGAAGACUCUGCUUGUUCCAGUGCAGUUCUCCACAGCUCCUCCUGCUUAAGUCAGCCUUACUGGCUCUGAUCCCAGCACUGGAGGCUGGAGGGGGGAAGCUCAUCUCUAACACUCCAACUCCACCAGCAUCCCUGUGCAUUGAGGCUCAGCAGUAACACUGACUCAGCUCUGCAGGUCUGUGGAGAGCGGGACUGACACAUGGCUAAUUGCCACAGUUGUUUUGGGGGAGGGUUAGAUGAUCUGGCAUGCACACCCUAAAUUGCUUGGGAAGUAACGCUCCCUAGGACAUGUUGAUGUGGAUCUACAGAAGAGCCCGAGAGACUGCUGGCUGUUUUACCACUCUGUACCUGACAGAAGCCCUUCAAGCGCGGUGGGGAUGGCUUGUAUCUUGACCAAGCUUAACCUUAGGUAAAACCCUGGGGGACACCUGGGAGGUGGUUCUGCUACAGCUUUCUCCCAUGGAAGGAGAUCGGUGUAGCUUUCAACCUUGAGUUCAUCUUAGUUAUUAAUGAAAUUAAAUGUCCUUUUAGCAUGCUA